AUGGUGUUUAUUGACCUAGAAGCGUAUGACAAGAUCCCUAUGGAGGUUAUUUGGAGAUGCCUGGAGGUGAGAGGUGUGCUGGUAGCUUACAGUAGGGUGAUAAAGGACAUGUAUGAUAAAGCUAGGACUCGGGUUAGGACUGUGGAAGUUGACUCGAAGUAUUUUUCGGUUGUUAUGGGGUUACACCAAGGAUCUGCACUCAACCCGUUCUUAUUUGCCAUGGCGAUGGAUGCUCUAACACACCAUACUCAAAUGGAGGUGCCAUGGUGUAUGUUGUUCGUUGAUGAUAUAGUUCUAAUAGAUGAGACGCGAGGCGGCAUUAACGAGGAAUUGGAGGUUUGGAGACAGGUCCUUGAGUUUAAAGGUUUCAAAUUGAGUAGGACUAAGACAGAAUAUCUUGAGUACAAGUUCAGCGACGUGACGAGGGAAGCUGACUCACAAAUCAUCCCCAAGAAAGGAAGUUUCAAGUACCUAGGGUCAAUUAUCCAGGGGAUGGGGAGAUCAACGAUGAUGUCACACACCGUGUAG